GCAUUGUAAACACGCAGUACACACACCAGAGAUUAAUUUCAUUUGAAAGAGAACGAGAGAGCGUAGUCAUUCGACCAGUGUGCUCUGCAGGGAAGCUAAAGCUAAGCUAACGUCUCUAGACGGGACAAACACCUCACGAGACAUGUAACCAAGACGACGCACUUUAUCUACUGUAACCUUUAGCUGAACCGCCUGGGGCAGCUUGUGGCACUGCUCCAGUCAGAAGAUCCCAGUACCUAUAAAGUUCACAUGAGUCUGAGUCUCGGCGGGCCACGCACAGCAAUCGAUAACAUAUUGGAUUCACUGACCCAGCCCAUAGCCAUGGCGACAGACUCCUCACUCCUCAACUCUGAGCUGGAGUUACAACAGCAAGAGGAGCUCUAUCAGCAGCUGCUUUUACAGACAAUGGGAAAACUGCAGGCUGAAAAUCCAGACUCCAGACUAAUCCGACCACAACCUGGUAUGUGUGUGAAGACUCUCUCAGAGUUGGGCAAGCAGAAGGUUUUCAUAAACAUCUGUCAGUCCAACUCAGUCCCACCGCCGCCAGAGCUCUCCAGAGAUGAGCUUGUGGAGCUGCUCCAGUCAGAAGAUCCCAGUGGCUACAGAGUUCCCAUGAGCCUCGGCGAGCCACACACAGAAAUGGAUAACAGCUCUCAAGCAUGCACAGCGUAUGAUGUGGUCAUUAACCAGGAAUUCUUCCAAAGGUGCCAGAAGGAUCCCUUAUUUCAACAGUUUGUCAUUCUGGUGUCUUUAGAGGGCUUAGAGAACAAAUACAAUCUGGAGCUAAGUAGAGACUGGAAGGUGCUGAAAAACAGGAAAUUCUUGGGCUGUAUUGGCGAGCAGAACAUUCGGACGAAGGGCAGGCCAGUGAUCCAGGAGUUACAGCCUCAGGAGAGCUCCACAGCAGCAGCCAAAAGACCAGAGUUCACCUUGUUUGUGGAGCCCCCUGCUGGUGACUCUGAGUACCUCAUUGCAGAAAUAAAACUACCCGGGGUGACGUCGUCUCGCUCUCUGGUUCUGGACGUUGGAGAGGACAGACUGGUGUUGACGGCUCGGCCCUCGCUCUUCCAUCUCGACAUCUUCCAUCCCUUCCUCGUAAACCAGGAGAGCAGUGUGGCACAGUACAACAGCAGCACUCAGAUUCUUACAGUCACCAUGCCUGUGGUGUCUUCAUGAAAUUACAACAGUAUCUAGUUAUUUAUUUUUUUGUUCAAAAAUGAUGCUGUAAUAAUAAAAGUGUUUUCUAUAAAGUCAAAA